UGUAUUGGUUCUUCACAAACUAUGCGGAACAUAUUUACUGUGACACGUGGCUCCGUGGAUUAGGUACAAGUAUCCUAGCUAGCUAUGUUGUUAACUAUUAAAUGUCACAUUUGUAAUCCAAAAUGUACGAACAUUGGUUAAUUUAUGAACUAUUGUAAUCAUUUUUGAACGCAGAUAUAUAUUUAUUUACAUUAUAGAAGUGGUAUUUAGCCAUGAUUUAUCAACGAGCUGCGUGCUAGCUGGCGACUAACGUUAACUCGUUUUCUAGAGAGACCGCUUCAGUAGCGAGCUAGAAAGCUUUCUAUAGCUAUACAAUGUAUUUAGCAAGAUAGCAGUGUUAGUUAGCCUCUACGUUUCUAUUUGUAAUCCUUUCUUAUUGAUUAGCUAAUCUAUAAUCUUAUGAGCCCGUAGCUAAUAACUGACUGAUCAGUUGGGAGAGUAAGGAACCUAGCCGAUUUAAAGUCAACUCCAUGAUUUAGGAUGGAGUUGAGCGGCGACUAUUGUGGGCAGACUGGAGCUCCGACAUAACAUACAAUUCCGUUUUAUAAAAAACUACUGAUUUCAGCACCCAAAGAAUAGUCCAGUUACAGAUGACAUUUUCCUGUGUAAUUGCGUGCUAUUCUAUGGAUGCUGAAAUCAGUAUUUUUUUUAAAUUGAAAACGUCAGGUUGUGAAGUAGGAUCACCAGUCCGCCCACACUAAACGCUGCUCAACUCUAUCGUAAAUCGUGGAGUUGAGUUUUGUCGGAUAGAAGAAACCUAGCCAGCAGGUAUCCAAUAGUAUGUAGGCCUAGCUAAUAGUUUAGUAGGUUCACCCAUAGAUAGCAGCUACUUCUUUGGAAACGCAAGUUACAAAAAUAGAAUAUCAACCUUAAAGACAACCCUUACUUCACUUGGUAGAAGCUAGCUAAAAUAUAAUAUGAUAGCUAGCAUAUAGUCCAGGGUUUCCCAAACUUGCCCUAGCACUACACAGCUGAUUCAAAUAAUCAAAACUUGAUGAUGAGUUGGUUAUUUGAAUCAGCUGUGUAGUACUAGGGCAAAAACCAAAAUGUACACCCAGGAGGCCAUAGGACAGAGUUUGGGAAACACUGCGAAGACGGCUACACAACACAUUUCUUGAGUCGACCACUAGAGGGAGGCAUAGCCUCAUAAAUUAUCAAUAGGCGAUAACCAAUUGCUGUUACCAACCAUGUAGAGUGCUGUGUGUGUAGGUUUUUUUUUAACACUCUUGUACGCUAAUUGUUAAUCUUAUUUCUCCUUUAAGCACACUGUUCUUAAUUAUUUUAUAUUCUAUUCAACAGAUGAUUUCUUGACUUGGUGUCAGUCUGUGUUCUACUGGAUUGAGUUGAGGCAAGUAAAGUAAGUUAUCAAUCUCCACAGUAUACCUUUAUUUUGAUGGAUCCAAAAAGCAUCAGUUUGUUUUUAACUUUAAAGGGGAACAACUUUAAAGGGGAAAUCCCCAGUUGUUACAUCCAUUUUUUUGACUCGUCAAUUCAUGACAUGUACCCAUUGAUUCUUGAAGAAUAUAACGUAUAAAUGCCUCAUUAGCUUAGUUCAACUGUCUUACCCCAUCCGAAUCCAGCGGCAUACCACCCUGCAUCCCACUGCUGGCUUGCCUCUGAAGCUAAGCAGGGUUGGUCCCUGGAUGGGAGACCAGAUGCUGCUGGAAGUGGUGUUGGAGGGCCAGUAGGCACUCUUUCCUCUUGUCUAAAAUAAAAUAUCCCAAUGCAAUGAUUGGGGACAUUGCCCUGUGUAGGGUGCCGUCUUUCGGGUGGGACGUUAAAUGGGUGUCCUGACUCUCUGGGCACUAAAGAUCCCAUGGCACUUAUUGUAAGAGUAGGGGUGUUAACGUUGGUGUCCUGGCUAAAUUCCCAAUCUGGCCCUCAUACCAUCAUGGCCACCUAAUCAUCGCCAGCUUCCAAUUGGGUCAUUCAUCUCCCCUCCCCUGUAACUAUUCCCCAGGUUGUUGCUGUAAAUUACAAUGUAUUCUCAGUCAACUUACCUGGUAAAAUAAGGCUAAAAUAAAGAAUCCAAAAUAUAAGCUUGUUUUACUCCAAUGUUUGUAAAUGUAAACUAACACUAUAUAGCCUCAACAUGUUUAAAACUAUAAUUUUGAUAUCAUGGAUGUCAGUGCAUCCAUAGCUCUGUCUAUGAAUUUGAGUGGUUGCAUUUCUCAAGACCCAUCCUUCAGCUUUUUGCUGAAACAGGGGCGGGUUGAGCUUUGUUAUCGUUUAAACUGCUGAUUUCCCCUUUAACAACUGUUUGCUAUUACAGAUAUAUAAUGUGUUUUUCCGUUAGUCUAUUGUGGAUGCUGCUGUUUGAGCUCAGGUUUGUGCAUAUACAUUUUCAAGGUGUGCAAUGGCAGUGCCAGCGGCCGGGGGUGUAGACCUCAGUCGGAAAUUUGUGUCAGAGACUGAGAUCGAGGAGAAAAGGAAGCAAAGACAGGAGGAAUGGGAAAAAGUUAGGAAGCCAGAGGACCCAGAGGGUAAGCCAUCUGCAACUAACUCCACCCUACCUCCCAAAAUGUACACAGACACAAGCAAUAUCUUUCAUCAUGCCUGUACACUAAGCAUCUGCAUAUCUAUUUUUUCUGUGUGUUUGUGCUGUCUCCCUGACUCAGAGGCUCCUGAGGAAGAGUAUGAUGGGCGUUCACUCUUUGAGCGGCUACAGGAGCAGAAGGACAAGAAGCAGGAAGAAUACGAUGAGCAGUUUAAAUUCAGUAAGGGUCCCGCUCUCAUUUAUUUUAGUCCCUCUCCACUUUCCUUGCAACAGCCCCUACCACAUGCUGGGACUUCACAUGGGAUAUCUCAGAUUAAACUCUCGCAUUUAUGGAAUGGAUAGUCAGACUCUGGACCUGUUGAGUACAAAGUCUUUGUAUUCUGGGUGUGUGUACAUUUUUAUAUUAUGAACCUGUUUGUGUGAACAGAUGGAACUAUGUAAUGCAUUAGAAGAGGAGCAGGAGGAGAUUAUGACCUAGUCUUGGGAAUGAGUGGAGCCUUCUGCCUGGCAUAGUAGCUUCCCUGCUUUUCUGUUUCCCUGGUGACCAGCCUACUAUUAGCAGUCACCCUGGUGGCCAUAUGUGUCUUGUAAAGCUAUAUGCUCUUUAAGCAAGGACAUUUCAGAAAAAUAGAAAACAUGUUGUUUUGUAUAUGUAAAAACCCUUCUCCAACUCCCCUGGCCUUAAGUUGAAAUGAUUAGAGAGUAUUGUUGUAUUGGUACUACAGUAGUUAGAAUUUAUUUUCCAUGGAAAUGUCUUUUCACCACAGAGAACAUGGUCAAAGGCCUGGAUGAGGAUGAGUCUCACUUCUUGGAUGAGGUCUCCAGGCAACAGAGCCUGGUGGAGAAACAACGCAGAGACGAGGAGCUGCAUGAACUAAAAGAGUACAGAAUAUCCUUUCAGUUUCAGCUGUAUACUCUCUCCCCAUCACUCUAAUUCUCUCUCUUUAACACGCACACACACAGAAAGAGAGCAAAAACACGGUGUAUCCAUUUUCAUGUCAUUUUAUUGGUGAUUUUUUUUCUUCUGUCAAUAGGGCAACAUUUAGUGGGCAUGAGUCACACAAAUAAUGGAUCUAGGUGUUAGAGACGAAUGUGAGAGUCAACUACUCUCAUACUCUCUCCAUGUGUUUCUCGCUCUUUCUCUUUCACAAUAUUUUGGUGGGGUUGAGAUUUUUGCUCUCUUGACAGUAAAUGAGGCUUGUCCUACCCCUUUACUCCCCCACUCACCUGAUGGACAGGAGGAGGCAGUCAGUCUACAGGCCUCAGGUCAGAACCAGAGCAUGUGAGCGGAGUUGAGCGGUUGGAAAUGCUGCUCACUGCUCCAUGUCCUUUUCAACCUCUGCUAAAAACCGCUCUGCGCUCACAGGAAAAAAGACUGCCGCUCCAUUCAUUAAAAUCACAAUUUAACCAACACCCACCUAUUUCUGUGACUACAUGGACCUACCAUUUGGUUUUGAAGUAUUGAAACCAAACCAUAUGGAUUUGAAUUAGAAGUAUUUGAAUAAACAUAAAAAGGUGAAUGUAAGAAACGCACAUCAUUUCAAAUAGGCUACAUGUCAUAUUAAACAGCAUGUAAACAUUCUAAAUAGGUCAGGAGCCAGACAGGGAGCCUAAGAAUGAACAAAAAUGAAUUAUUUAGGCUAUAUUAUUUCAAGGCUAUAGCCUACAAAGAAAUGCAUUGUGAAGCAUUAGCGAGCGUGACAUAAUAGGUUGGUAGGGACAUGAAGCACUCAGCAUUUAAACAACAUUUCGUUGUGUUAAAUCAUUAUAGUCUUGAAAUUGCGCAUAUAGGCUCUGACUUACUUAGAAUUAAAUACAAAUUAAAUGAAAAAUGACUUGGUGCCUUUGAAUUAAUUUUUAGAAACACGAGUUUGGCCAGUCUGUGGCGUCAGGCUCAUGCGAAGGUGCCUGGAGAGCCGGCCAGCAGGGGAGAAUAACCCUUCCACACUUGCAGAGCCACUGGGGAUGCUUAACACCCUUUUGGCCACUCUUGCCUGGCUGGGCAGAAAUAGUUGUUUUUACAUUUUUCUAUAGGUAGGCCUAAAGGUUUUUAGGCAAAAUAACCCAAUCAAAACGGAAAGCUUCUUGAACGUGGGAAUAUGCCAGGCCUACAGUGAGGGGAAAAAAGUAUUUGAUCCCCUGCUGAUUUUGUAUGUUUGCCCACUGACAAAGAAAUGAUCAGUCUAGAAUUUUAAUGGUAGGUUUAUUUGAACAGUGAGAGACAGAAUAACAACAACAAAAUCCAGAAAAACCCAUGUCAAAAAUGUUAGAAAUUGAUUUGCAUUUUAAUGAGGGAAAUAUGUAUUUAAUCCCUCUGCAAAACAUGACUUAGUACUUGGUGGCAAAACCCUUGUUGGCAAUCAGAGGUCAGAAGUUUUUGUAGUUGGCCAACAGGUUUGCACACAUCUCAGGAGGGAUUUUGUCCCACUCCUUUUUGCAGAUCUUCUCCAAGUCAUUAAGGUUUCGAGGCUGACGUUUGGCAACUCGAACCUUCAGCUCCCUCCACAGAUUUUCUAUGGGAUUAAGGUCUGGAGAUUGGCUAGGCCACUCCAGGACCUUAAUGUGCUUCUUCUUGAGCCACUCCUUUGUUGCCUUGGCUGUGUGUUUUUGGUCAUUGUCAUGCUGGAAUACCCAUCCACGACCCAUUUUCAAUGCCCUGGCUGAGGAAAGGAGGUUCUCACCCAAGAUUGGCCCCGUCCAUCGUCCCUUUGAUGCGGUGAAGUUGUCCUGUCCCCUUAGCAGAAAAACACCCCCAAAGCAUAAUGUUUCCACCUCCAUGUUUGACGGUGGGGAUGGUGUUCUUGGUGUCAUAGGCAGUAUUCCUCCUCCUCCAAACACGGUGAGUUGGGUUGAUGCCAAAGAGCUCCAUUUUGGUCUCAUCUGACCACAACACUUUCACUUGAGCAGGGGGACCUUGCGGGCGCUGCAGGAUUUCAGUCCUUCAUGGCGUAGUGUGUUACCAAUUGUUUUCUUGGUGACUAUGGUCCCAGCUGCCUUGAGACCAUUGACAAGAUCCUCCUGUGUAGUUCUGGGCUGAUUCCUCACUGUUCUCAUGAUAAUAAUAAUAAUACGCCAUUUAGCAGACGCUUUUAUCCAAAGCGACUUACAGUCAUGUGUGCAUACAUUUUUGUGUAUGGGUGGUCCCGGGGAUCGAACCCACUACCUUGGCGUUACAAGCGCCGUGCUCUACCAGCUGAGCUACAGAGGACCACCAUGAUCAUUGCAACUCCACGAGGUGAGAUCUUGCAUGGAGCCCCAGGCCGAGGGAGAUUGACAGUUAUUUUGUGUUUCUUCCAUUUGCGAAUAAUCGCACCAACUCUUGUCACCUUCUCACCAAGCUGCUUGGCGAUGGUCUUGUAGCCCAUUCCAGCCUUGUGUAGGUCUACAAUCUUGUCUCUGACAUCCUUGGAGAGCUCUUUGGUCUUGGCCAUGGUGGAGAGUUUGGAAUCUGAUUGAUUGAUUGCCUCUGUGGACAGGUGUCUUUUAUACAGGUAACAAACUGAGAUUAGGAGCACUCCCUUUAAUAGUGUGCUCCUAAUCUCAGCUCGUUACCUGUAUAAAAGAAACCUGGGAGCCAGAAAUCUUUCUGAUUGAGAGGGGGUCAAAUACUUAUUUCCCUCAUUAAAAUGCAAAUCAAUUUAUAACAUUUUUGACAUGCGUUUUUCUGGAUUGUUUUGUUGUUAUUCUGUCUCUCACUGUUCAAAUAAACCUACCAUUAAAAUUAUAGACUGAUCAUUUCUUUGUCAGUGGGCAAACGUACAAAAUCAGCAGGGGAUCAAAUACUUAUUUCCCUCACUGUAUUGGGCCAAAAUCAGUUAUUGUAUAGAUAAUAGAACAAAAAUGAACAAAACGUUUAAGUGAUCUGAUCUUUUGUUUAUAAAUACUUUGCUAUAAUGACACACUUAGUUAUCUACGCACCUCAUUCCUUUCUUUUAGCAUGUACAGUGAGGGAAAAAAGUAUUUUAUCCCCUGCUGAUUUUGUACGUUUGCCCACUGACAAAGAAAUGAUCAGUCUAUAAUUUUAAUGGUAGGUUUAUUAACUGAUAUGAACGUAUGUUAAUGUAUGCAAAGCUGCUCUCACGCCACAUAUCUCAGCACUGCUCAGAGCCAUGGUCCUGUGGUGAUUCAUUCUAAAUUCAGCCAUAGCUUAUAACGUGACUGACUUGAUAGCCUUCAUUUCUUGCGAUCUGUCUCAAUCAGGCUGUCAUGUACAAUCAUGAUGCAGGGAGCAUGAUCAGACCAUUAUGCUAUCAUGUAAGGGAGAAAAUAAAUGUUCCCUCUUUCCACUGACGAUCAGGUUUGUCUGCAGAUGGAAGAGGAUGCAUUGUCAUGGCAACCAAAUCCUACUGAGGGCUGGCCUUUACACUGAUAGGAGACCGUUUGAAGUGCUUACUGCUGAGAACCAUCAAGCCAGAUCCUCUCGUAAUAUUUUUAUUUGUCCUAGUUCAGCUAGUUUUCCCACCAGUGUCACAGGGUUGUUUUUAGCUUCAAAGUGUGUCACUUUUCCAGGGCGUUGGUGGAGGCCCACAGAUGGACUAGUAAGUGGAAAGAACAGGCUGGAUUUAUGAGGACACACCUGGACUGAGGCUAGAUGAACCCCCAAAGCGAUUUGAGUGUGUACCACUUAUUUUCCUGUACUCACUCAGUCAAACAUUGUUGGAAAAUCCAUUCUGACAGUCAGUGCUAGCCCAGUGGGCAAUUUUCUGCUCGGAAGUGAUUGUGAGAUGUGAAUUAAUUGUGAGUCACCUGGUGUCCCCAUCACUCCUAUCAGCAGUUAAUUAUCACAUCUAGGAUCUGCACGUCUGUGUGUUUUCUUCCAUUUCCUCUCCUUAACUCCUGGAUCUCACAGUGCUCUGAAAAAACUGGCCUCCAGUGAGAGUCGGAAGGAGCCAGAGAGGAGGGCAGGACCUAAACCAGCAGAGGUCAAGACCAGUCACCUGUCCCAGGCACACCUGUUGGCUGGGGCGGUCAAGCGACGCAGGUGAGGCCAGUGGCCACAAUACUUUUAGACCUAGGUCACAGUUUUCAAUGCAUCUGGAUAUAGUGUUGGAGGAUGUAACACAAUUAUAGGGGAGUGGUGGAGUUGGUUGUGGAUUUGAGAAUGGGGGGGAAAAAGUGAAUUAAUCUGCAUGUUUCUUUAGUCUUUCUGUUUACUUUCCUCUCUCCUGCAGCUCUUCACAGUCCUCAGACAAUAGCAAGAAACAGAAGGUUGAGGAGUCUGCAGCAGGGAAUGGGGGCCAGACAGGUGGGCUGAGAGCUUCUUAUAAUGUCACAUCUGCUCAUCAUUUCACCAUUGAAUGUUCUUCUAACACAAACUCUUCUAUCUCACACAUAUGACUUCACUGACAUCAGUAAGUGUGACUGGCAGUGUGUUGUGCUCUCAGAGCAGGAGGCGGGCGGAGGUGCGGGUGAGCAGGGCUCCACAGUAAAGACAACAGGUGUCCUCCACCUGCCAUCGGCCGCCGUGUGUGUGGGCAUCCUGCCGGGCCUGGGAGCCUACUCCGGCAGCAGCGACUCUGAGUCCAGCAGCGACAGCGAAGGUAGCGUGGACGGGAGCAUCUUUCCCAUAAAGAGAUAUAGAGUCUGCAGAUAGACACGCACCCAUAUUCAGACACACGCACACGCUUACACACACACUCAUUCACACAAACAGGCUGCCAACAUCAUUGAUUUCACAGCUGUAUGAGUUACUGUUACUCUAAGUCAUUAGCAGCGUUUCCAUCAAGUGUUUUCCAGCCCAGAAUGGCAUAGGUUAUGAUUUUCUUUCUUCAUAAUCACUAAAUAUGAAUUAAAACCUGUUAAAUGAACUUCAAUGGCAUUGUGGUUUUGGUGUUGUGCAUUCAAACAUGACACCUCCCCCCUUCCUCCCAAUAUGACAUCUCACACAGUUUAAAUCCCUGGCAGCCUAACCUGAUGACACCCCCCUGUGGCUGCAGCUCUGCUAUUGGCCAAGGAAACAGUGACUGACAGCUGUGGAUCAAGGACAAGACUGCUAGACUGUCACAUCACGUUCAUACCUUACCUUAGACAACAUCAAGAAAGCAAGCCAGAGCAUUGUCUCAGAUGCAAUGUAUGUGGAAAUGUUUUUCCUUUAGUUUCUUUUUGAUGCGUCAGUGCAAAUAAUGCUGGAUUUUAAUGGACUUCUUUCUCUCCAUAAAAAUGUUUGAUCAUGGGACGAUCAAGGCUUGGGGAGGAGAAAAUAAAGAGUUUUCCCGUUUCCUUUGUCUAUUUGGUGUAUUUGAUGUAAAGAGUCAGCCUGGUCUCCUACACUAGAUGUAACACAGUAAACGAAAGUCCGGGACACUC